AUGAGCACCAGGCCUCCAAAAACCAUUGUUCUGUGCUUUGAUGGGACGUCCAACGAGUAUGAUGGCACGAACACCGAUGUCGUCAAGUUCUUCGGUCUCUUAAACAAGGAUCUGCCAGACGAGCAAGUAUGCUACUAUCAAGCGGGCAUCGGCACGUACUUUGCCCCUGGUGUAGUGAGCCCGGUCUGGCAGUGGUGCGCGAAGAUUCUGGAUGAGGCGUUUGCGUGGUACCUAUACGCUCAUGUAACGGAUGGAUACAAAUUUCUCAUGCAAAACUACUCGGAUGGCGACAGAAUAUGCUUGUUUGGCUUUUCGCGUGGAGCCUAUACCGCUCGUGCCUUGGCCGGGAUGCUCCACAAAAUUGGCUUGCUCCCCAAGGACAACCUGGAACAGCUAUCUUUUGCGUACAAGAUAUAUACGAAGACCGACCAGGCGUCGAUGGAUCUUGCGGCUGGUUUCAAGCGUACGUUCUGCAGGAACGUACAGGUGAAUUUUGUGGGCGUCUGGGAGACGGUCGCCAGUGUCGGGGUUCUUUGGAAUAAGAACUUGCCCUUCACUACCGCCAACACAACCGUCAAGACUUUCAGGCAAGCAUUGGCGCUGGAUGAGCACCGUGUCAAAUUUCUUCCUUCCUUGUACCCACGACCGUCACCUAAUCCGAGCGGGGAUCCGCAUCAAGCAUCGUUCCGCCUUGAAGAUGCCCCUCAGGACAAGGUGAAGGUCUCUGCGCGUAAACAAAAACAGAAACAUGAAGAGCCAGCUGAGAGCAGCGAGAAACCAGCUGCAGCUCACAGAUGGAGAUCGUUCUGGAACCGCAAAGCGGCGAUGACUGAUGAGGAACGCGGGCUGAAGCCUUGUAUACGUGAAAUUAAUCCAGCAAUGGAUGCGAGCGCAUCCGCACCAUCCUCUGCAGGAUCAGAUACCGGGGCAGAUCCUGAUCCGGGGAACGGCGAUGAAACAGACCCCGCUGCAGAUCAACCCGCCAAUGUCACGGACGUCCUUCAAGUGUGGUUUUCCGGUUGUCACAGCGAUGUAGGGGGAGGUUCAGUUCCAGAUACCGCCGAUCACUCCUUGGCCAAUAUCACCCUGCGAUGGAUGGUUCGACAGGUCCUGCUGGCACAAUGCGGUGUGCUGUUCGAUAGCGCGGCGCUCGAUUUUCUCGAUAUAUCCGACGCCGUUUUCCCUCCGGUUUCGUCGUCCAAAGCCUCCGAAAAGGAGCUCCAACAGGAUGAGGCGGAUGCGUUGGCACCUAAUGGGGUUCAUGACGAGUUGAAAGCAAUUCCAGCUUGGUGGCUUCUCGAGAUUAUCCCACUCCCUAUACGGUAUCAGGACAAAGAAGGCGUCUGGAAAAAGAAAUGGACGUUCCACCUAGGCCGGGGCCGCGUCAUCAACGACCCUGCGCCGAACUUCCAUGUUACGGUAAAGGCGCGAGUGCAGGACACCUCAUUGAAGUAUACACCACGAGCUAGGUGGGCGAAAGGCACGGAGGUGUAUGUCGAGUGAAUUGCAUUCAGGUUGGCAUAAUGAUACCCAUGUUUGCGACUAAGCAAUGUCAGGAAAGAUCAUUUUCAUUUUGUUGCACAUACAAAUCACAUCGACAGUUCUCAAC